AUGGCCGGCUGGGCGUGUCCUCGCAAGGUCGUCACCUGGCUCUUGGAGAACCGGAGCCUGUCGGAUCUCAUCCCCGGGCGCCGCAAGGGUCGGAAGGGAGGCAACGACUACUACGAGUCUAAAGUCACCACUCUGGAGGACGGACGAGCAGAAUUCUACCAAAAGGGUGAGACGAUCACCGUGAAGGCGAUGCCAAUAAAGGCUCCAGGAGGGGGUUUCAUCUACCAGUACAGCACCGACGACUGCAGAACCUGGCAGGCGCUCUCCUACGCGGAAGAACGGAAGGAGUGGGUGCGGACCGCCUCCAGCACCAACCUGAAGUCGGAUGAUGAUGGGAUUCCCUGCGAGGCGAUCAUGGCCAUCACACCAUCCGAGGAGGCCAGUGCUGGCAUGGCGAGCAGUCUCAAAACGCCAACCUCCGUGAAGCUUCUGUUCCCGAGUGCUACCGGAACAGCUCUUGCAGAAAUAGAGCAACAGACAGAUCACCGCUUCAAGCGCCCGCAGUACCUGGCGGAGGCCCUGACGCAUUACUCCGCACAGUCGAGGGCGGUGCGCUCGAACGGCCACUUGGCCUUGGUGGGCGAGAUUGUGAUGGAACAUUACGUCUCGGACAAGGUCGUGAAAGAGGCGGCGAUGUUUUUCGGAUCUCAUCUCGUGGUCGGCCACAAGGAGGGCCAGCCGCUUGCAAAGACCUUUGCGACACCGAAAGGACUGCCGCCACCCCGAGCGCCCGCGCCCACGGAGGAGAAUCGCGGAGGUGUCGACAACGUGAUCGCUCUGGAUCGGCGCAUCUGGGUCUGCUGCAACCACGUCAGCUAUGCUGCUAGAUCCAUCCUAACCGAGCUCCACGAAUCCAUGAACAAAGACUCAAGGGAGCUGGAGGAGGCCAUCAACCGCUUUGCCAAGGAGUUCAAGAAGCUGUCGCAGCCCAAGGAUCAGAGGGAGCGGAACGUCAAGUGGCAGCAGCUCUUCAAGUCAGGAGCGCCGAAGGCUUUGGGUGACGUCUUCUUGGCCGUGAUCGGUGCGAUCGCCAUGGAUUCGGACUACUUCGAGGCCGAGCAGUUGAUGCUGCAGCACUACCAAGACAGUGAGCAGAUCUUCGAACUCAUGAAGAACCGAGAGGUUCCCGCAGGUAUUCCGAAUCACACCCUGAUGAGCACCAAUGGUCUACGGCAACUGCGUGAGGAUUUUCCGCAGGUUCAUUGCGAGAAGGUCCUCGAGGCGGAUACUCCGCAGCAGCAUUCAUUGUCGAAAGAGCUGCAAGGGGGUCUUGACAUGGAUGCCUGGUUUCAUGUGAACGACCUGUGCAUGGUGGAGGUCGAGGAAGGAUCCAGCUCUCGUGAGGUGAUCGGCUCCACGCCACGAAGCCUGCUGAUCCACCUCGGCUUGGAAAAAGACCCCGGCAGCUCCGAAGGAAGCGAUAUGGACCGGAAGUCAGAGAGCAUUCCGGAGGAUGCCCAGCAAUCCGACAUGGACAAGAACAAACCUACUGAGCAUGAUGGAGCCAUCUAUUGCAAGCAUUGCCAGAUGUGGUUGAAUGGACCCGCACAGUGGGCAGAUCACGAGAUUGGAAAGAAGCAUCGCAAAGCCGUGCGCAGACAGCAGGUGGAAAGAUAUUCCGGCAAGUUCCCGGACUUCUCAGUUUCGGAGAAGAUCCCCGCGCCGCCAGAGGGCUUUGGAAAGAGGACGUUUGAAAAGGGCAUCGACGAAGACCCGCCGGACGACAUGCAGGCAGACCGGGACAGCAUUUCACAGGUGGAGGGAUCUGCCCAGUCCGAGCAGCUGGACUUCGAAGAUCAGCAGCGGUUUGGCGAGACUGAGCAUGACGCAGCCAUCUACUGCAAGUACUGCCAGAUGUGGUUGAACGGGCCGACACAGUGGGCAGAUCACGAAAUCGGCAAGAAGCACCAAAAGGCUGUGCGCAGAGCCGCGGGAACAGGCUCAGCUGAUCCAAUGGACUUCGACCAAUCGCAAGACUCCUAUUCCUGGACGCAGCAGCGGUAUGACGAUGGGUACCAAUGGAAACCGCAGCUCAUGCAGCAGCCGAUGAUGGGGAGCUCCUAUGCCUACGCAGUACCAGGCCCGCCGCCGUACGACUCGGCAAGCGCUUCCGACCUCCAGUUGCAGUGA